AAGUGUUUUUAGAAGAGGUCAGUGUCUCGUGCACAAAAUGGGAGAUACCGCUCGGGAGCGAGCUUUACGUCCGCGCUUGGCGCGCGGUUCGCGUGUCGGGGACCUUCUGUCCCUGCCCCGGCGCAGAUGCUCUGCCCUCGCAUCAGAGGCGCUUUGCACGCGUGCCGCCUGAGAUCUCGGGGUGGGAGAAAAACGACAUCAAGGCGCUUGCAAUGACGCUGAGACGCUUCAUCAAGCAUCUGUAUAGCCAAACUCAACUAGGAAUACUUCCUUACGCUUCUUGUCCCCCGCUGUGAGCUUAAGGAGAUCAGAAGGGGAAACCGCAUUAAAUCACCAACCAGUAUAUUUCUGAAGCUGACAAAGCUGCGAUGCAUUAGACUUCAGAGACCUCCUUUUGCUUAAGGUAUGGUGUGAAUAUGCGUUGCUUGGCAGCUCGGGUCAACUACAAGACUCUGAUCGUCAUCUGCGCCCUCUUCACGCUGGUCACGGUGCUGCUGUGGAAUAAAUGCUCCACGGAGCGAGCGGGGCACUCCGCGCGGGGCGCCUUCGGCCGCGGCGACGGCCUGGAGAAGCGGGCUGCCGCGUCCGAGAGCAACCCCUACGCCAACGAGCCGGCCAGGCAGCAGAGCGAGGAGGCAUCGCCGCAGGAGCAGCAGAAGGCUCCGCCGGUGGCAGGAGGCUUCAACGGCAACAGAGCCCUGGGCUUGAAAUACGAGGAGAUUGACUGUCUGAUCAAUGAUGAACACACGAUUAAAGGGAGGAGGGAAGGCAGCGAGAUCUUCCUGCCGUUCAGCUGGGUAGAGAAAUACUUCGAGGUUUACGGGAAAAUUGCUCAGUACGACGGUUAUGACAGGUUUGAAUUCUCUCACAGCUACUCCAAAGUAUACACACAGCGAGCACCUUACCACCCAGACGGGGUGUUCAUGUCCUUCGAAGGCUACAACGUCGAAGUUCGAGACAGAGUGAAAUGCAUAAGCGGUGUCGAAGGUGUACCUUUAUCCACACAGUGGGGACCUCAAGGCUAUUUCUACCCAAUCCAGAUUGCACAGUAUGGGUUAAGUCACUACAGUAAAAACCUGACCGAAAAACCGCCUCACAUAGAGGUGUACGAAACAGCUGAAGACAAGGACAAAACCAGCAGGUCCGUGGACUGGACUGUACCAAAAGGCUGUUCUGUUGCAACAGUAUAUGAUAAAUCCAAGUUCACUAGUGUUAAACAGUUUGUCGCUCCAGAAAAUACUGAAGGAGUAUCUCUGCAGCUUGGGAACACCAGAGAUUUUAUUAUUUCUUUUGAUCUCAAAUUCAUAACAAAUGGAAGCAUUUCUGUGGUUCUUGAGACAACAGAGAAAAACCAGCUCUUCACAGUACACUACGUCUCAAACACUCAGCUGAUAGCUUUUAAGGACAGAGAUGUCUACUAUGGCAUUGGGCCUAGGACUAGUUGGAGUACGGUCACAAGAGACCUGGUGACUGACCUGCGGAAGGGUGUUGGUCUCUCAAACACAAAAGCUGUAAAGCAGACAAAAAUAAUGCCCAAGAAAGUGGUUAGGCUGGUAGCGAAGGGGAAAGGCUUCAUCGACAACGUCACUAUCUCGGCCACUGCCCACAUGGCAGCCUUUUUUGCUGCAAGCGGUUGGCUGGUGAGGAACCAGGAUGAGAAGGGGGGCUGGCCCAUCAUGGUGACACGGAAACUAGGGGAAGGCUUUAAAUCGCUGGACCCGGGCUGGUAUUCUGCCAUGGCCCAAGGGCAAGCCAUCUCCACACUCGUCAGGGCUUACCUGCUGACGAAGGACCACGUAUUCCUCAGUUCAGCUUUACGGGCAACAGCACCUUACAAGCUCCCGUCGGAGCAGCACGGGGUGAAGGCAGUGUUCAUGAACAAGCACGACUGGUACGAGGAGUACCCCACCUCUCCCAGCUCCUUCGUUCUCAAUGGCUUCAUGUACUCUUUAAUUGGGCUCUACGACUUGAAGGAAACGGCAGGGGAGAAGCUGGGGAAGGAGGCAAGACUUCUCUACGAGCGGGGCAUGGAGUCGCUGAAGGCCAUGCUCCCCCUCUACGACACCGGCUCAGGAACCAUCUACGACCUUCGGCACUUCAUGCUCGGCACCGCUCCCAACUUGGCCCGCUGGGACUAUCACACCACCCACAUAAACCAGCUCCAGCUGCUCAGCACCAUAGACGAGUCCCCCAUUUUCAAAGAGUUCGUCAAGAGGUGGAAGAGCUACCUGAGAGGCGGCAGGGCAAAGCACAACUAGAGCUUACAACCAAAACCGCUGUUUCUGCUGUCUGCGGGAAGGAUUGGAUUGGACUCCGUAGAGCUAAACAAAGGUACAUUUUAAAAGGUUGCAUACUAAAUUUUUAUGGACUGUUUCAAUGAAGUGAUCCUUAAAACUGAUCUCCUGAAACAAUUGCAUUCCAGAGCGGAAAUAUUUGGGUCUGCUGGGUGGGAUUUGGAACAGGGUCCCAUCCAAGACCCAAUACAAGCUAGUAUCUUCCCCUUGCUCACCCGCCCCUAGUGUGUUCCACAGUGAAAUGAGCCGCACGAGGCAACGUCUGCUUGUGCUCCUGAGUCUGGGGACGUUUUUAUUUUUCUCUUUUGUAGGAAAAUAUUUACAGAAGCCAUACAGGUCUUUAAAGUCUGGCACUUGCCUGAAAAGUUAGUAUGUGGCCUCUUUUAAAAUGGAGUUACGUGUGUGUAUAUGUUGGGAACAGCGUAACAAAUCAUGUGGUGUAAUGCAGUAAAUGUGUAUUUACUUGUAGCCUGGAUAGUAGACAGUGUAUCUUUUUAAAGGUGUUUCUUUUUAUAUGGAUUCUUUUCUCGAGGUGAAAAAUACACAAUUUUUUUAAUUCUAUAUAUUGAGAUACUUAAACUGUAUGUUUUCUUUAAAGCUGUGUAAACGGAAACCACAUAGUCAGCGUGGAGGCUUCUCGGUCAUGUUAGGUAAGCACAACGCCGCGAGGCUCGCUGGCUGCACAAAGCCUGCAAACGUGCCACGCCGUCUAGAAAGCCAAAUUUCCAAUCCUGUCUGAGGUUUGCUAGUGUCACCGCCUCCCCCGUCGCUGCAGUCUCUAGGUGUGGAACCGGGUGUUCUGUGCUGUAUUUUCAGUUGCAUCGGAGACGUUUCUGCAAGCAUUGGCAACUUCGUUCCCCCAGAGACUUGUAUUAAAUCCUGAAUGUGGCGCGGAGCUAAGUCUGAGUAGCGCAUAGAAAAUGUCGUUCAAGUUAAUUAAUGUUUUCCUAUGGUGAUUUUCAUUUUUAACCUGCUUUACAAAUAUCAAGCGUUUUGAAAAUUAAAAUGACCCCAUAGGGCUUUCUAGCUCCGCUUAUGUUGUAAUAUUAAGUUUUGCCUCUGACUGAAGUCUGACUCAUUGCUUAAGGGUUGUUCUGCCCGCGACGCUGGUUUUCUCGGUGUGUUUUGUCCCCGUGGCUCUGGCGGGCGAGCAAGGGUAUCUGUGCAAUAACGAACACCUCCGACCCCGGACACUUGCGCUGUAAGGGUGCAAUGUGAAAGAAACCACGAGGUUUCUUCCCUAUAUCUCUAAACUCUUUACACCAAGCAUUAAUCUGCCUUUUCAACGUUUAGAUUCCUGGUUGAUCCAGAAAAAUAAAACCAAUCAGUUGUGUCAUUAGACCAGUAUUGUUUAAUCUGGUAGCAUAGGGAAUACUGGGUUAGCAGCUCUGUAGAUGCCUGCUGAGCUUUGUUCUCCGAGUCCUAGACUCUACAGCUCCAAACGUUCACCAACGUGGGAAGGAGGUGUAUUAGCUUUUUUCCCCCCAUUAAUCCUAUUACAUGUUGUAUGUUCUAGGUAUGGUUUAAGCUUAAGAUGUUCAUACUGAGGACAAAGUCUGUUCAAACCACAGAAAAACUGGGCACAUGGACAAUGCAGAUCUUGAUUUUCUUUUUAACUGCAUUUUUUUUUCCUCACAGAUACAUGAAAAAGCUUUGUAAUUACUUGAUCUUUGCAAACACACAAAAUGAUCGUAUCGAUUCAUAUGAAAACUGGAUGCCACAGGAGAAAUUUCAAUACCAAAGUUAGCAGUUUUUUUUUUAUUAUUAUUUUUUAAAUACACAUGCACGCACACAUGUACUUCCUUUACAAAUGACUGGUCCUUAUUGCAAUCAGAGAAAUAUUUUUCUUCUGCAUGUUUCCUCCAUCUUUUGCCCGUUUUUGAUUCAGCAAAUAUUUUGGUAUUGCUUAAGAAACAGUAUCAGUGCCUUAGUGAGGCCACAAUUUCCUCUUGUUUUAAGAAUAGCUUGGAAACGACAGUGAUCUUUCAGUAUUUCAUUAGAGUCAACCCAAUAGCUGGUGGAUAGCUUGGUUCAGAAGCAGAAGUUGGCAACGCCAGCAGAGAAUUUCAUGUCAGACCAUCUUAUCCUUAAUAUCUUGUUUGCAUUUUUGUUUGCACAUGCGUAAAUUAGACCAACCUACCAUCAGAGGUUGUGGAAAUGAGGAGAAUUAGUUUGUGGAUUUUCUCCUGUUGUGGUGUUCUUUUUUUUUUUUUUUUUUUUUUUUUUUUUUUUUUUUUUUUUUUUUUUUUUUUUUUUUUUUUUU